AACGGAGGUUAAUUGUCGCCAAUGCCCCACCCUACUACACAGAGCCCUUUCAAAUAAACCAGAUGAUAAAUAUCAAUUUAACCUCUUAUAUUCGCUACUAUACGCGUUAACACGGGCGUUAAGCAGGCGUUUUGUGCGCGUUAACAGGCGAGUCGGUGAAGACGCGUCGUCAGGUGCUGCAGCGUCCAUAAACGCCCACCUAGAACAGCACCAGACGAGAUAUAGAGCUCCGCUUACAUCCGAGAUGGCAAAAGCAGACCAACGCUUUGGGCAGAGAGAUGGAUCUGAUCAGAACUUUGACUACAUGUUCAAACUCCUGAUCAUUGGCAACAGCAGUGUAGGAAAAACCAGCUUUUUAUUCAGAUACGCAGAUGACUCCUUUAGCAACUCUUUCGUCAGCACAGUCGGCAUCGACUUUAAGGUGAAGACCGUUUACAGGAACGAAAAGAGAGUGAAGCUCCAAAUAUGGGAUACAGCUGGACAGGAGCGGUAUAGAACUAUUACUACAGCUUACUACAGAGGAGCUAUGGGCUUCAUCCUUAUGUAUGACAUCACAAAUGAAGAGUCCUUCAAUGCAGUGCAGGACUGGGCAACACAGAUUAAGACCUAUUCAUGGGACAACGCUCAGGUGAUAUUAGUGGGGAACAAAUGUGACAUGGAUGAGGAGAGGGUGGUGGCUUCUGAGAAGGGGAAACACUUGGCUGACCAGUUGGGGUUUGAGUACUACGAAGCCAGCGCCAAGGAGAACAUCAACGUCAGACAAGUAUUUGAGCGCUUGGUCGACAUUAUCUGCGUGAAGAUGUCUGAGAGAGUCGAUACGGAUCCACCCAUAGUCACCGGUGCCAAAACCACCCGACUAACCGAUAAACCUCCCCAGCUACCUCAGAAUUGUUGCUGAUUUCUCUCUCUACUCAUAUGCCAACCUAUCAGCAGCGGAUCCGAUGUCGUUUGGUUUAACGUUCUGUUGUAUGCCGAUCGGAACCGACCUGGGGUGCGUUUCCUGCGCAAACAACGUAACUCACUGCUUAACCACCAUAGUAUGAUGCAUCGUUAGAGAAAUUAACUUGUUAGUCACAAAUAUUUUCUGCAUGGUUGCACUUCCAUAGUUUGAGCCAUGUUGGGUCAACAGUAUAGGAAAUGAAGUUAAUGACGUCACACACAGGUAGUGGAGAUAUAACUUCUGCUAAUGAAUUGAUUUAACAUCGCUAUUGAUGACAGAUUUUUGUAAUUGCCGUACAUUUCACAUUUAAUUCGGUCGGGAACUUUCCCACAACGUAAUUUUUCUCGGAGAUGCCAUCACUGUAAAGAAAAACAAAAAAGUUGCUGCCUUAAAUUUUUAAGUACAAUCAACUUGGAUGUUUAAGUCAUUUCAACUUAUAUUACAUUAAACUGACUUUUAAAAACAAGUUGAAUCUUGUAUAACUUAUAAAAAAAAACUUGAAAAUUGCAAAUAUUUUGAUAUGGCAUCUGCCUGAGGACCCCUUAAAUAUUUUUGUUCCCUUCAUUUGAUGUUUGAUUCAUCGCGGUUAAUCCAAGGUUCUCCUACGCGUUUAUUCACACUAUACGCUAAAAUUAAAUGUACAUGCAUUUAAAUUUCAUACUAACAAGAAACUAUGCUUCAAGCCGCAAGUCGAGAGCUGUAGUUCUAAACUCGCAAAGUUGAGUUGCUUCGUUAAAACUAUGUUGGUAAAUGAUUUCGCGACUUGCUUUGGCUAACGAUUGCGUUCGGGAAACGCACCCCUGUUUGUUUGUAGCUGUCAAACAUGUGAAGUAGUUUAGUAAUAAUAGUACACUUCUACCCUAAUCAGUCCUUAGGAAACUUAACGCAGGGACUAGAGCAAAGCACAAAAGCUACUACUUGGCUCCCAGAACUUCAGUGUUCACUGCCGAAUCUAGAUUUAAAACGCAAUCUGUGGUGGCACAAUCUCACUCAUUUUAUGAAUUAUAUAUUUAAUGUAGUACUUUAAUGGAGGUAAAAUGGUGGAUAAUCUGUUAAAGGGCACAAAAAUAAACUCAGACUUUUGCAAAAUGGCCAUUAUGCAAAAUUGAGUUUUCAGGGUGGUUUCGAUGCUCUGAUCUGAUUGGAUCAGAAGCAGAUGCACAUUGUAUGUUGGACUCCAUCUAUUGUUUUGAGAAUAUAAGCACUUGUUCAAGGUAUCUUCAUUUUGAGAUGAAAAAAAAAAUGAUUAGAUACGCAAAAUAAAAUUCAAGUCUUACACAAAAAUACGACAUUAAAUUCAUGUUAAACUUAGUAUUGUCAGAAACCACAUGUUACUGUUGUGUGUAAUAAUAGACUGGACACAAUCAGCACAUUUCAUUGUCAGGCAUUGUUACAAAAGAUAUGAUUCUUCACUUAAAUCCUCAAGAAGAAAGUCGAGAUUUAUCGUGAACUCGUGCCAGGAUGUUUAUAUUUCAGAAACCUGUAGCAAAUCCUUGUGGGUUCGUGUAUGUAUUAUCUGCCUUGGUUUUUUUAUCAAGUGAUGUAUGAGUGUUUAAUGUAAUUAUAGUCAAAAUUAUUCCAAAUGAGAUAUUUUUUCCCCCCCACGAGUAGAUAUUUAUUUUUAUGCUGCUGGAAUAUAUAGUUGUACCUUUGCUGUCAGUGGAUUUUGAUUUGUAGAUUUGCACUGGGGCGUACAGUGAUUGUACAGUUGUGAAUGUUACUUUUAGAUGCAAUUUGUAACAAUAAAAGCACAAAUCACAUAUAAUAAUGCUAAUA